UAUUAAUUCGCCUUGAGCUUACCCCUUCUGACGGCGCCAUUACCGAUAUACUUCGAUUUUAUUCGAUCUAUCGAAUAACAAACGACGUUUCUCUUGCAUCGUAUUUUUCCAUUUCUAAUAACAUUAGUUAUUUUACAAGUUCAUCAUAAGAUUGCCCUUUUUUAUAUUAAAUUCAAUAGAUCAAUUAACAACCUUUUGUAAAAAAUGUUAUGUCGACUGUGCUUAAAGGAUUCCGAAUGCUGUUUAGAAAUAUUCGAUGUCAAUGGAGAGCAAUUGGGGAUUGCAGAAAUACUAAAAAUGCACUUCUGGUUUCAGCCACUUCCUACUGACUCCAUUUCGACAGCAAUAUGCCGCAUAUGUUGGCUGAAAGUAAGCGAUUUCCACCAAUUCUAUUUAAUGGUGGAAAAGGCGCAUAAAAUUUUCGGUAGGACCGAUGUGAAGCAUGAAGCUUUUAGCCUCGUUGGAGAGCAAGAUUUCUUCGAAAAUUGUGUACAAAUUAAAGAAGAAGAAUUCGUAGAAAAUUCAUGUCAAAUAGACCAAGUUGAAGAGGCCAUCAAUCCAUUGGAUGAAGCAGGACUUGAAAAUACUGAAAGGGAAGAGUCUGAGGAAAAUGGAGUGGAACCAGAGAUAACCAAGGAGGUGUCAAAUGGUGCAACGAAAUUGCCUGAAGCGACACCAAGCACCAAAAAAGCUGUACGUAAACGAAAAUGUGCCCGUAGGACACUGCCUGCGAAACAAGUGGUGGAAGAAGACGACGAAGAUAGUGAGUUUGAAAAUGGAGACGAAGAUGAUGAGCAGGAAAAACCAAAACGUGUAAAAGUUAUUAAAUCAACCAAACAAGAUGAAGCGAUGAUAAAAAAGCACAUUGGCAUGGGUUGUGAUCUAUGUACAUAUGUGGGCGAAGAUUUCGCAUCAAUGUGUAAGCACUUUCGAUUGCAGCAUCCAAAUAUUAAGCCAUACGUUCGUUGUUGUGAAAAGAAGCUAAACAAAAGAUUUAAAGUUGUGCAGCACGCAUAUAAACACGAAAACCCGGAAUUUUUUAAGUGUCAAGAAUGCCUUAAGAUAUUUUCGGAUCGAUACACUUUAAAAUCUCAUAUGAUUACUACACAUGCCCCGGAAGAAGAACUCACAUUUGCCUGCGACCAAUGUCCCAAAAAGUAUUCGCGGCAGAAGUUGCUAGAUUUACACCUUGCAUCACAUGUUCCUAUGAGCGAGCGUACUUUCAUAUGUGAUCAAUGUCCAAAUAGUCGAUUCGGAAGUAAUCACUUACUGAAAAUUCACAUUAGCAUGCGACAUAGGCGUGCGGUCAAUGUUUGUCAUGUCUGUGCUAAAGAAAUACGAGAUAAGCAAUCAUUCGAAAAGCAUGUACGUUUACAUUUUGAAGCCAGCGGGCCUCGAGUUAAGUGUCCACGUCCAGGUUGUGAUAGUUGGCUUAAAGAUGAGGAGAAUCUGCGACAGCAUCUGCGUCGUCACAAUGACGAAGGACUGGUAUUUACAUGUGACCAAUGUGGACGUAAUUGUAAAAAUCGGCGAGCACUUCGUAGCCAUCAACUUUACGUACAUUCUAAUGAAGGAUUUAAAUGUGAAGAAUGCAAUAAAACAUUCAAAAAAGCUAUAACUUUACGGGAGCACAUGGCGCAGCAUACAGGGGAAAGUCUCUACAAAUGCCCAUUCUGCACACGAACAUUCAAUUCAAAUGCAAACAUGCACUCGCAUAAGAAGAAAAUGCAUCCCGUCGAAUGGGAUGUUUGGCGUAAAACGAAACAGGGAAGCUCACAAAAAUUGAUAAGCCAACAACAGAGCACUUUUAAUUGAUUGGAUUGUGGAACGGCCUGUAGUAAAUUGUAUGGGAGUGUAAUUUCUUAUUAAAAUGUAUGUAUUUAGUUUUACUAUACAUAAAAAUAUAUGUAUGUAAAUAUGUAU